UUUAUGAGUUGCAGCUGCAACUGCAACUACUUGGUAUUUGGCAGUGAUCAUUGAUAUCGCUCAUGGGACAGCGUUCACCGGCAACGUCGACGGUUGAGAUGGAUUCAGGAGAGAAGCGUCUCAAUGAACUGGGUUACAAGCAAGAACUCAGAAGAGAAAUGACUCUUUUCAAGACACUUGCAAUCUCAUUUUCCACAAUGACCCUUUUCACUGGGAUAACCCCCUUGUUUGGCUCGAGCUUGCAAUAUGCAGGGCCUGCAAGUCUGGUGUGGGGAUGGGUGGUUGUGUCAUUCUUCACCUGGUUCGUUGGAAUUGCUAUGGCUGAAAUCUGCUCCUCUUUCCCGACUACUGGCUCUCUUUACUUCUGGGCUGCUCAUUUAGCUGGUCCCAAGUGGGGUCCAUUUGCUUCGUGGUGUUGUGCAUGGCUGGAGACCAUUGGCCUCAUAGCUGGCAUUGGUACACAGGCUUAUGCAGGGUCACAAACAUUGCAAAGUAUCAUUUUACUUUGUACUGGUACAAACAAAGGUGGAGGGUACCUUGCACCAAAAUGGUUAUUCUUGUGCAUGUAUAUAGGCCUCACAAUUAUAUGGGCAGUACUCAACACAUUCGCAUUAGAAGUUAUUGCUCUCAUUGACAUGGUUUCAAUCUGGUGGCAGGUCGUUGGAGGUACUGUCAUAGUUAUAAUGCUUCCCCUUGUUGCACUGACAAGGCAAUCUGCUUCCUAUGUAUUCACCCAUUUUGAGAUGGCGCCGUCAACUGGGAUAACUAGCAAACCAUAUGCAGUAAUACUGUCUUUUCUUGUCAGUCAGUACUCACUUUACGGGUAUGAUGCUGCAGCUCAUCUAACAGAGGAAACAAAGGGUGCAGAUAAGAAUGGUCCAAUAGCAAUUCUUUCUAGUAUAGGCAUCAUUUCAGUAUUUGGAUGGGCAUACAUCUUGGCCCUUACCUUCAGCAUUCAGGAUCCAAGCUAUUUAUUUGAUGUAAACAAUGAGACUGCUGGGUCAUUUGUGCCGGCUCAGAUACUUUAUGAUGCAUUCCAUGGGAGGUAUCAUAAUUCUACAGGAGCAAUUAUUUUGCUUUUCAUUAUUUGGGGAUCAUUCUUCUUUGGUGGCCUUUCAAUCACUACUAGUGCAGCCAGAGUGGUAUAUGCAUUAUCAAGGGAUGGAGGAGUUCCUUUCUCAUCUAUCUGGCGAAAGGUGCACCCAAAACACAAGGUUCCUUCAAAUGCAGUGUGGUUGUGUGCAGCCAUCUGCAUUCUUCUUGGACUUCCUAUCUUGAAAGUUAAUGUAGUUUUUACUGCUAUAACUUCAAUAUGUACUAUUGGAUGGGUUGGUGGCUAUGCUGUUCCAAUUUUCGCGAGAAUGGUGAUGGAAGAGAAGAACUUCAGAGCAGGACCAUUUUAUCUGGGCAAGGCAAGAAGGCCAAUUUGCUUGGUAGCCUUUCUGUUUAUCUGCUAUACCUGUUCAGUCUUCCUAUUGCCAACUUCCUACCCAAUCUCUUGGAAUACAUUCAACUAUGCACCUGUUGCUUUGGGUAUUGCUUUGGGCCUCAUAUUUCUUUGGUGGCUUUUGGAUGCAAGAAAAUGGUUUAAGGGGCCUGUUAGGAACAUCGAUGUCCCCAAUGGAAAGGUUUAACAUGUUUGUCUAUGUAGGUAGUAGUCUCUAUGAAAUUUGUGAGCACGAUCGAUGUACAU